ACGAAAAUGAAAUUUCCCACUGUGGCGAUAUGUGAAGUGAAUACCAAGAAUGAGCUGGGCGAAGAUGUGGAAGCCUAUGUGACAAGCUUGGGCAAAGGCAUACGAGAGGAAUACAACUUUGAUGUGGAGGCGCAUAUAUCGUUUAUAUUGUUUCCCAGUCAGUAUACGCAUGGAACUAUCAAAGCUCGCUGCUUGCGCUAUGAGGAUUGCGACAACUGUGCCAAGUGUCCCAAGACUGGAUAUCGCAAGUUGGUCGAAACGUUUGGUGCCAAUUGCACUGAAAUCUUCGAGCAGUGCUGGCUGGCGGGCAAAGAGUUUGAUUGCUGUCAAUACUUUUUGCCGCUUUAUACGCCCUACGGCACUUGCUUCAUGCUCAACUCGCUGCAGAACAAUCAUCCAGGCUCGCAGCAUUGGAUGUCACUCGAAUUGGAUCGCAGUCAGAAGCCGGAGCUGCAGGUGGUCACAUCGAGAUCCAUACAAGUGUCGCUGCUAAACGAAGAGGAUAUACCGAAUACAGCGCUCAAGGGCAUUAGCCUGGUCAUACAGGAGGGUCAGGAUCGCGCACUGCAUUUUCACUCGGAGCUGAUGGCAAACGAUGUGGAUGUGCGCGAUAUACCCAUAGAGGCGCGCAAUUGUCGCUUUCCGGACGAGACGUUGCCCUGGAGCUUGUACCAUGCUUAUAGCUUUAGCACUUGCAUAAGCGACUGCACGCGAAUCUUUCAGGAGGAGGUGUGCAAGUGCAAUUCGUAUCUGUUGAAUCCGUACGCUGAUGCACGCUUUGUCGAUUGUGGCUUGGCCGGCUACUCGUGCCUGGAGGCCAGCUCAAUGAUUAUACCCGAUGUUAAGAAAGUAAUGCGCUUCAACUCCAGCAGGCUGCAGUGCAGCUGCUUGCCCAGCUGUGCUGAGGGCGACAUACGCACAGUCUAUGAGAGCGUGCUGAGAUUUAAUCCCAAAGGCCAAGAAGCCAAUAUAACUUUGGUAAUGCCAGUCUGGCCAACGGAUCAAUAUCGCCGCCAGGUGCUGCGCAGUCGUCUGGACGGCGUUGUCUCCAUUGGCGGCAUAUUGGGCUUGUUUCUGGGUGCCAGCAUACUCAGCGGCAUUGAGUUUAUUUACUACUUUACAUUGCGUGCAGCUAAUACGGCAUUGAUGGCACGCCGUGCGCAGCAGCUGAAACAAACUUAAGCUCAGUCUGAGGCUGACUUGAGUGCUGCUGCACUUAUGCGGCGUUGCUAUAAAUUAUUGCAUUAAAUAUGCAAUAAGCUGAUA